GUGACCUCACAUUCUGUGCUGGCAGGCCCCGUUGUCCCUGGAACAAUGGCCCAGGCCCGGCAUUCCAGACCGCGGCCGCUGGGACAGGCGGGAACCUCACCCCAGCCCUUUCUCCAGUCCCAGCCUCAGCAUAAGGGUUGCCGCCGGAGGCCCCUGCGAGCAUCUCUCCCACAGUGCUGUCUCAUUCUCUCCUCUGUAUCUCUUCCCCGGAGCGGAGCCUGGCCAAGAGUAGAUGUCCCAUGAGCCUGCGCGGAGUGCGUGGAAGAGUGGCUUUCUUCUAGAAACAGGAUCCGGGCACCCAGGUGCUAGGAUGCUGAGAGAUGGAGGAAGCCCCCCGCCGCCGACCCCAGCAGCAGGGAAAGAAGCUCUGCGGGGAGCCACCCCUCCCCCUCUGCCUGGUCCCUUCCUGCUCAACGAUGGGACAGGUAGGUGGUCCUCAGGGGAGCAGGUCCCACCACCUGCCCUCUUGGGGAUGGAAGCCAGGUGGCCACGGAGCUGGGAGACCGUCCUGGGGAUCGGCGGCUGGUUUUCCUCCCCGUGUGGGAGAGUGAAACCUCCGUCUCUAAUUAUGCACUGGCCCCUCUCCUCCUCCCUGCCCCAAACCUCCCCACUUCAAAGGCCGUUGGCCCCUAGGCAGGGAGGGAAAGCUUCUGGGCAUCCUCAUGGCCUCCCCUCCUCCUGGGGGUGGCGUCCCGCAGGAGCAUCAGUCCCAGCGUGGAGGUCGGGGUGCAGCCAGGGAGCCUCAUCCUUCUGCGAGCCCUGGGGGCUCUGACCCAGAGCCCAGCUCACUGGGCUGCCAGGCCAUGCUGAUGGGGUGGUCGCUCACCCCAGGAGCCCAGCCCAGCCUGUCUGCCCAGCUCCUCUGGCCCUAGCGGGGUGGAAUGCUCCAGCCCAGACAGGUGAGGGGGGAGCCUGGCCUGCUCCCCAACCCCGCUACUGCUGUUUUUCCAGCAGCGCCCACUACCAAGCAGCCCUGCCCCACGCACAGGCCCUAGAAGCUCUGCUCUCGGGAGUCUGCCCCCCAGCCCCAUGCAGCGGGCCCCCCACUGCCUGUGGCUCUUCCAAGUUCUGGUCCAUCCUGAGUUUGCUUUAGGCGCUGCCCCGGGCGGCCCCUUACCCAGGCCCUGCCGUCAGGGCCCUCUCGCUGCAGACACACACGCAGCCACCUUGAGCUGGUGGUGGGGAGUCGGGGGGAGUGCUGCCCCAGGCCGGAGCCACUCCAGAGAGGGGGGCAGGAUGCCCAGAGCUGCCCAGCGGUGUGGGGAAGGCAGAGCCCGCGCUCCCAGGAGAGGGAGAAAGGCAGGUGGAGCGGGUGGCCGAUGAGAGAGGAUGCCAGUGUGUGCCCAGAGGGGCUCUGUGGGCAGGGCUGGGACGUUGACGUUGCCACCCUGGGGGAGGCGGGCCAGUCCCCUGUGGACCAUGCAGCUGGAUGGUUCCCAGGGGGCCAGAAGGGGGAGAUGCCAGUGCUGGCCCAGCCAGCUUGCUGGGGCUGGGAUGCCAAGCAGAGGUGGCUGCGGGCCGGGAAUGCCAGGGAGGGAGGGCCUGCCCUGGGCGUUCAGAACGAGGGAAGUGAUUUCCUCUCUGUGUUGCACUGAUGGGGCCUCCGGGCCAAACAGCACCUGUGCUCCCGGCUCCACCCUGACCCGGGAGCCCUCCCCCAAGCCCUGCGCCAUCACCCCACGUGCAGUUUCCGAGUCGCUGCUCCCAACACAUUUCUGCCCAUCCGAGAGUUGCCUGCUGGCCUCGCCCUGUGUGUGGAAGCACCACCUCCCUCCAGCCUGGUGCCCCCCCCGCCCCGGGGCCAGGGACGGGUCUGCAGAAGUCCUCCCAGGAUCCUUCAGGCCUCUGAAGUGGAUCUCCAGAGGCAGUUCCAGCCUCAACUGUCCCCCCGCCCCGCCACCGUUAUACAGUGAGGCCCCGAAAUCCGCUGCCUCUCCCAGGAUCUCAGAUAAAACUCCAAGCGUUUGAUCUCCAUUGCAAAGGGGUCUCUGUCCCUUGCCCACUGGCAAGUAGGCGGGGCCACUCCUGACUCACCUGGCCCCUCCCCUCGGCGGGCAGCCUUGUCCUGGGGCGGGGGGCGGGGGGCGGGGUGCGGCCGGCCGGCCCCCUCCUGUUCCACUCAGUCUCCGUCCACCAGCCUCUCUCUCAUCCUCCCCUCCCAGCACAGCCUGCUCCCUGGGAAACCAGAAGCCGCAGGGUCUCUUCGGUUGGUCGGGGCACAAAUGCCAAAUGGGCCGAGGCUGUCUUCUCUGCAGGGGGGGUGAGGCCCGACAGCUGGGCAGCAGCCUCGGCAAAUGGUGUGUGUGGUUAGGCCUCCCCGCCCCCCGCCCCACACAAGCUCCUCCUGGGGGGCCGGAAAGGCAUGGUGCAGGCUUCCCCUUGGGCCGCAGCAGGCCCGGUGCCAGGCAGGCCCGAUGGUGCCAACGCUCCGAGGAGGGGGUCCUGCGGAUGGGCGGGGUCGCCACGCCUGGAUGGAGCCCAUUCCCUGCCCCACUGUGGGAAGCCCGAGGCCUCCCGAGCAGGGCCAGGCCCCUUCCAGCAGCUAGCCUCUCCCCCCACCCUGGGCUGGGCUCGCCCCAGCCCCGCUCCCAGCUCCCCUUCCUCUCAGGGCAGCACACGCCCAUCCCUUCUGGGAGCCUUCUCCCCUCUGAGGGGGCUUUCUUCGCGGGGCCUCUUGCCACCAGCUGCCCGGGGUCCCUGAACCAUGAGCUGGCCCUGGGCUUGGGGGUGACGGCAUGGGGACCAGCUCCACCGCAGGGGAGCUACCCUUGGGGACACAGCAGGGUUCUUGGGGCCUGGACACCAGGAGGUUGCCCUUCACUCAGCAAGUGUCUUCUGAGCGUCCGCUCUGUCGGGCCUCUCGUGAGGUGCGGGCGAGCCAAGGUGACUGGGCAGUCUGUCCCCACGGGGCUCCGAGUCGGGGUGGUGGCCACCCUGACAGGCCUGGAAGCACACAGGGUGCAGGGGGUGAUGAACGGCGGUCGGAGCCGCCAGAAGUCCGCUGUCCCCGCGCGCGGGGUCCUGGGGUCUCCGCUCUCUGCCUUGGGAGGAGCGGAUGGCAUUUGGGGUUUGCACCUCUCCCCCGCACCCCGAGCCGUGGCCUCAGCUGUGGAUGCCUCCUCACAAGGCUUCACCCGGGGAACUGUCGAAACCUGACCCCACGGACAGCUGAGGGGCAGGGUGCCGUUCCGCCCCCGAGCCUGCCAGAAGGCUCAGCUGGUGAGGGCGACUCCACCAGCCCUCGGAGGUUUCUGGGGACCCAGAGGCCAGGGUGCCUGGCAUGUCCCUCUGGCCGUUUACCACCUCCCUGGAGACCACCUGGGGCAGGGACGGCGGUUUCUAGGAAGCGAGUGGGCAGACGGUGCUGCCUGAAGGGUCACCGGCGCUUCCUGCGGGGGGGGGGGCACAGCUCAGCCCAGCCAGGGCAGGGAGGCGAGGGUCCCUCCCCGUGAGCGCGGCGUCCAGGCCUGGGCGCCCCAAUCCCGGCGCCCCCGGCACCCGCCAGCCUCAUCCAGGGGGCGGCAAGCGGACCGAGUGUGGGCCACCAGGGGUCAGGGCGGGCAGGGGGCUCCCGCAGGACCAGAGAGGUCAGGCAGAAAGGAAGCAGGAGCGGGAGGAGGGGCCGCACCCUGUGCGCGUCCACAGGAGCCUGGGGGGGAGGGGGCUGUGGAUCACAGCCGGGCGGCCACUCACAGGCUGGCCACGGUGACGCGGGGAGCUCUGGGGGCCACGAGGGCCCUCCAGUACCUCGUGCCUGAAUGUGCUUUGGUCCCGGGCUCUCUGGCUUCGGGCCCAAUGGCCGGCUCGAGCCUGGGGCAGGUGAAGCGUGGGGCUCGGGGCCGGGGUGAGUGGUGGGGGAACAAGUGCUCCCCGAACUGUGCUCCUGCCUCGCCCAGAAGCCUGGAGAACGCUGCCUAGCGAGGGGCGGGCCAGGCGGCCUGCGCCCCCGUGCCAGGGGCCCCCACUCAAGGCGGGUCAUAUUUCCCAGCCCGUGCGCCCCUGCGAAAUGGGGACCCGGCCUUCCUGCCUCCCAGGGCUGACCCUCCUCGGACCAGUCUCACGGGCGUCGAGUGACCGCCGGUGCGUGUGCGUGUCGGGCCCUCGCGCUCACACCAAUCACCAGCUGGGCUGCCCACGGAAGGAGGGCAGCCCAGACUGUCCAGGGAAGGCUGGCGAGCGUGUGGAGAAAUCAGAACCACAGACACUAAUGCUGGGAGUGUGACAUGGGGCAGCUGCUCGGAAAUCAGGUGGCAGCUCCUCGGGGGAUUAAACACAGAGCUGCCAGAUGGCCUGGCAGGUCCGCUCCUGGGUGGAUACAUACCGGGAGAGAUGACAGCAUGUCCACACGACACCUGGACACAUACGUUCACAGCGGCCAGAAGCCAAGUGUCCGUCAGCAGAUAAACACGUGGUCCCUCCAGACUGUGGAACAUCACUUAGCCAUAAAGAGGAGUGAGUGCAGACGCGGGCUUAGCACGGAUGAGGCUGGAGACGACAUGCUGAGCGAGAGGCCAGCCUCAAAGACCGCGUCACGUACGAUUCCACUCGUGGGAAACACCCAGGACUGAGGAGUCCACGGAAGCAGAA